CUUCACUGACCGGGUUUUCGACAUUUUGCGCUACUAUUUGAGGUUUCCCCAUAUUUAGUAGCAAUGUCCUCUCUAAACUCAAAUACACUUCAAAUCAAGUAUAUACAUAAUUCUGUUGCAAUGGUGACGAGCUGUCCGUUGUCAGCUAGUCUUCAGGUCAUUGACCAACAAGUCCGAGAAUUGUGUAGUUUCACCAAAGAUCAACCAUUCACAAUAAAAUGGAUCGACGAAGAACACGAUCCUAUCGUUAUUUCCUCAGAAAUGGAAUUAAAAGAGGCGUUCCGACUUCACGAGUUGAAUAAAGAAUGGCAACUAACAGUUCAUGUAUUUAAUGGAGUUCCAAGUGAACCGGGUAAACCCUGUCCUGGCGAAGAUAUUAAUAUGUACCGAAGAGGUGCUAAACGAUGGAAAAAGAAAUUUUAUUUAUUGCAUGGUCAUCAGUUUGCUGCCAGACGAUUUAAUCGGAAUGCCGUAUGUGCUUACUGUAAGGAACGUAUAUGGGGUUUGGGACAACAAGGGUUUAAAUGUAUUAAUUGUCGUCUUCUACUUCAUCGUCGUUGUCAAGGUGGCGUGCGUCAUAAAUGUGGUGAAGCAUUCAUAAGACCGACCUAUCAAAACAUGCGUUCAAUCUCUACAUUUUCCACCGGUUCCACUCCUAUUGUGUGGGAUAAUAAUGGAAACAGACCUACAACCAUAGCAACAGAUCUAUCUUCUGGGACAAGUAAUACACUCCCAUCCCGUCUUCCUGUCACUAUUCAACCAUGCAAAGAUGAUUCAAAGCCACCAAAGCUAGAAAAAAUCAUUGGUUUAGGUGAAAAAGAAUCAAAUCAAACAUCAGACAAACACUUUACGCCAACAUCCAAUACAAAAAAUAAUCUCAAAUCAGGUUCAGACAACUUAAUAAUUGAAACAAGUGGUGGUGUUCACCCUAGUAGUGUACCAGUUCCCGUUUCAAUCAUCACUGAUAAAGUUGACGAUAAGUCCAUACCAAUCAUAGAACAGCGCAUUAUAGAUAUUCCUGAUAUUCCAAUCACUUCUGGACGGGUUGGUUUACAUGAUUUCAAUUUACUCAAAGUGAUUGGUCGUGGUAGUUAUGCUAAAGUAUUUCAAGUAGAGCAUAAACCAACUAAUCGUAUAUAUGCAAUGAAAGUUAUUAAAAAAGAAACUAUUCUGGAUGAAGAGGAUAUUGAUUGGGUUCAAACAGAAAAACAUGUAUUUGAAUGCGCCACUAACCAUCCAUUUUUAGUUGGUUUACAUUCGUGUUUCCAAACUAGAAGUCGGUUAUUCUUUGUCAUUGAAUUUGUUAAUGGUGGAGACCUAAUGUUUUAUAUGCAACGUAAUCUUCGUUUAGCAGAAGAUUACGCACGAUUCUAUGCAGCUGAAAUUUGCAUUGCAUUAAAUUUUCUCCAUGAACGUGGUAUUAUUUACCGAGAUCUCAAGUUAGACAAUGUUUUGAUGGAUAGCGAAGGUCAUAUUAAACUGACUGAUUAUGGAAUGUGUAAAGAAGGAAUCAUCGGAGAUAUGACUACAACUACAUUUUGUGGUACACCGAAUUAUAUAGCUCCUGAAAUACUGAAAGGAGAAAGUUAUAGUUUCAGUGUUGACUGGUGGGCAUUAGGCGUACUUAUGUUUGAGAUGUUAGCUGGUCGAUCUCCUUGGGAAGGUGUUGGACAGUCAGCUAAUCCAGAUCAAAAUACUGAGGAUUAUUUAUUUCAAAUCAUUCUCAGUCGUCCAAUUCGUUUUCCACGUUCUAUUUCUGUUCGUGCAACCAGCAUACUUAAUGCAUUUCUCCAAAAGGUUUGUCAAUUCAUUUCUUAUGAUUAUUACUAUUGAUUGUUUAUCAAUAGGAAGACUGCAAUUUUCUAUUUUAUCAGUUAGCAUAAUAUUGUUAGUUAAUUUAAAUGUCGAUUGCUAAUUACAAAAAAUUCAUCUCCAAAUUUUAUCCAAUAGAAAAAUCUCACUCAGUUAUCACUUUCUAUAUUCAUACAGUAAAUAUUGAAAUCACAUCUUUUGUUUUUCCAAGAUUAUUAUACUUCAACUCUAGGUAGCGAAUCUAAAUUAAAACAUCUAACUCUGCCAAAAUUUGUAUGACAUAUCUACUAACUUAAUUACUAUACUGUUAAUUCAAUCAUACACUUAUUCUUUUACAAUAUUUUGUGAAAUUAAUUUCAUCACUCAUAAAUGUAGACAUAUGUACUUCGUUUUAGUUUUAAUUCACGCCUUUAUCCAUUUGUUUAGUGAUACUAAAAUAAAUAUCCAUGUAUUUAAAGAUGAUUACAUUUUAUUCCCGCAUUCAGUUGGUCACCCUUACACAGUGCAAUUCAGUCUGUCAGUAAAAUUAUUGACUUUUUCCUAAAUAAUUUAAAAACUACGAUCUCAACCGAAGUGUUCAUUAGUUUAGGUUCCAUUCCAUUGUGACUUCAAUCAGGUAAUGUUUUAGUAUUAUAUCCAUCGACAUGUGUCAUUUGGAGUUCAGUCGUUGAGUAGGAUUGAAGUUACAAAUUGUAUAUCUAAAGAUUUACGAUGCAACAAUAUACAGUUUGAAAUUUGUUUAGUCCGGUAACUAUUAUUGCUAGUAAGAAACGUUACAUUAUCGAAGCAUCUUUUUCGAUAAGGUUUAGUCGGUCAGACAACCACAACCUGACACAUUUGUACACCAGUUCUAGUUGCCAUACCCCAUCAACACUGCGAGAUAAAAUCGUCAAAACAAAUUCCAGUUUAGUAGGGGUACUAACAGUAUUAAUGGUUAUAGAAAACAUUAGGUAUCGGAGAUACUAUUUUAGAAAAAAAUGUAAAUUAGUGAAACAAUAAAAGAACUUAUGGAGAAUCUAGAAACUUGGGAUUUAAAGGGAGGCAUUCCCGAAAGUUAAGUAAAAUUUAUAUUUUCAGCGUAUGAUGAAGCAUUAUACUCAAGAAAAUCUACGUUCAAUAUUUCUCCAUGCAUUUGUCUUAAAGCUUUUUCUAAAUCAUAGUCUAGUACAUUGAAAGCAUACUGUGUGAUCAUUAAAGAUGCACUUAUCAAAUGUACUUAAUUAAAUCAGUUAGUCGUACAAAAUAGUUGUCAUUUUCCCCUAAAUUUCCAUCGUAUGCAAUAUUUUAACUAAAUUUGUGUAUCUCAGGUGCCAACUGAACGCCUUGGAUGUGCGCCAAAUUCAAGUUUUGGUGAUAUUAUGGAGCACGGAUUUUUCAAACCGAUCGAUUGGGUAGCUUUAGAAAGGAAAGAAGUUCAUCCUCCCUAUCGUCCAACAUGUGGAGGCGAUAGAGAUCUGAUACAUUUCGAUCCUGCAUUCACCGAUGAACCUGUAGUGCUAACACCAGAUAACGAAGCAGUGAUGUCACGUAUGGAUCAAACAGAAUUCGAUGGUUUCGAAUAUGUGAAUCCUUUGCUCAUGUCGCUAGAUGAACAAGUGUAAGAGGAAUUCUCAUUCCCCCCCCUUCCUCAAUGGCUCGUUGUGUUAAUCUAUCUACCUUCUUUUUUUUUUUUAAAAUCACUUUUAUUCAAUACUACCACCAUAUCUAUUAACAAAUAAAUAAAUAGUAUUUUAUAUUGAAUUUUUUUUAAAAAAAAAACUAAUUUAUCGUAUACAUUCCAUAUUCAUUCAAUUAGCAAAAUAAAAAUUGUUUAAAUCAUUUACCAACAGUUCAAUGUUAAAUUAACUUAAGAACAUAUCAAAUGUUAAAAUAUUUUCACUUCUUUUGAUUUUAGGGUAUAAUUCUUGAAAUAUUUUCUUUUUAUAUAAGAAAAAAAAUAUUGCUUACUUGGAAGUUUAUAUUAUUUUAAGCACACACACACACACGUACAUAUAUAUAUAUUUCUAGGAAAAUUUACUUUGUUUGUUUAUUAUCAAACAAGCUUCCUUUAUUGCUCCGUGUUCUUUAUUGAUGAACAAAUGUGUUUAAUUAUUUUUUUCUCUCGCUCAAUUAAUUCUGAUGAAAAUAAAUGCUGACUGUAUUUCUAUCUUUUUCUAGGUUGUUGUUGUUGUUUUUUUUUAAUAGUUUUUAUCAAUGUUUACUUAUUUUCUCCAAUUUUAUAAUUAUGGAAUGAGUUUAAAGUAAAUUAUCAUGAAAUGUUUAUUGUAGGUACUGGUAAGUAGUAUUAAUAUGAUUUAAAUGAUAAAAUGAAAUACUCUUAAAUUUAACACUCAA